AUGCAUUCUCCGCUGUUCUGUUACCCACCGGUGACCAGUACCACACUGUCGUCAACAUUAUUAGCCUCUGUAGACCCAAACAAUUCCUGUUAUUCACUGAUCGAGCGAAUCCGAGUGAUUACGAGCUAUAUUGACGAUGCGGACGAAAGAGAUUUGUACAAUAUCUAUGUUGAAAUUAUAUUUGAAAUUUUUGGACGGGGCUCCGAUAAAGGAUGGGCAUUAGAUAAACUCAAGACAAAAAUAUAUGAUGAUCAAAAAUACAUUUGCCGAGAACCAGAUAGCGUGUAUCACUUUUUAUCUAGUAGUGGCCAUAUUUUUAAAUUAUGCUAUAAGUUGCUGUCUAAUAAUUUGCUAAAAUUUAAUAUUUAUUUUUCUGAUUUACCGAUUGAGGUUAGACAAAAAAUUGAUAAAGCAUUUGGACAAUCUUAUUAUAGUUCACGGUUUUUGUACCAUGCUGAUUCAAAUUCACCCAUUGGAUUAAACUUGAAUUCUUUUGAAUACUAUAUGUUUAAUUUUGCCAUUUAUGGAUUAAAGUUGACCUUUGAUGAUAUUUAUAAUGAGAAUAAUGAUUCUAAUGAACAAUCUGUGUACAAAUUGUUGUGCAUAGAGUAUCUUAAAUUUUUUUUGCCAUUAGAUAAUUCAGCUUCUAUGAUUUUACCUCAAAUACAGUUUAAUGUUCUAUCGCCAAUUUCUAACCAAAAACAAAAUACAACUACAAGUAAAUUAUUGAACUUCAUAAAAAAAGAUAUUGCUUCUAAUGAUUUAUUAACUGAUAAAAUCCUAAGUUCAUCCUGGAUGUUGACAUCAGAAGCAACAUGGCGUAGUGAAGUAGUAGCAUUUUUUUUUGCUGACAUCUGGCUAAAUUAUAAUUUAUUUACUAAUGUACCAUGCAUUGAUUUAACAAAGCUAAUAAGAUGUUUCAUAAAACAUUUACAUAUAUAUUCAAACUGUGCUAAAUAUUUGCCAGUAGACAAUUUAAAACUAAUAUUGAUGGCUCGUCACGGUAUACAAAUCUAUCAGUAUUUAUCAUAUUAUAUGGUUCAUUGGCCACAGGAUUUUUCAUUUCGUCUUUUGCUUGAGAAUUGGCUUUGUUAUAUUCAACCUUGGCGUUACGAUGAAUUAUCCAAACAACAAUGUUCUAUCACAGAUAUAGAAAUGAAUGAUAGAUGGAGAAUUUUUGUCAUCAGAAAUUUAUUGUGUUACACCAAAUUAUUUCAUCUUGCUAUAAAAAGAUUCAUAUGUAUUGAUGUGUGUUCACCAAGAUAUUCAAUUAUGGUUUAUCGGAUGCUAAAAGUUUUUACCUACCCAUAUUUAUUGAAAAUGGUACUUGAUAUAGAACAUUUAUAUGUGAGCAACCAACUACAACAUAAAAAAUGGAAUACACUAUUGACUGAAUGUUUGAUUGAGGCUGAAGGUCCAUUAUUUAAAUAUGAACUGAUGUUUUCAGAAGAACGUAAUCAUGAAUAUAAACUAUUUUAUUUGAAACUACAAAAAUCACUGGAUCACGUUGCUGUAGAAUUAUGUCGUUGUCAAGAAGACAAUGUAGGUAGAAAUAAUUCAUCAAUGUUGGAAUUAAUAUUAACACCUAGAAAAAAUAAAAUGUCGGACUAUACUCUUAAUGAAUGGACAGAUAUUCAAACUAAUCUAAAAUCAUCGUUAAUGUUCUUGGAACAAAUUAUUAAUGUUAAUGUUACAACUACACCAAUGAUGGCCGAUUUUUCAGCGUGGUCUAUUUCUGGUGUAAGUGGAAAUAACUCUACUUCUAGUAUCUUCAAUAAAAGUCAUUCACUCCUUCAAUCUUUUGAACGUAAUACAAUGAAUUUACCUUUUAGACCUGUAAUUCGUGCAAAAGAAUGGGAGAUUGACCCGGAUUAUUUGGAUGCUUUAUCAUAUGAAAACUAUUUUCUUGUUAAUUUAAGCAAGUUCUUAAGAAAUACUGUGGAGUUAUAUUGUAAUUCACAUAUACUACAUUUAUCAACAAAAAAUUCUAUUCUUGCGGGUAUUCUACGUCAAGCAUUAAUAAGAAAACCAAUGAAGAUAUUUUCCUACGAGCCUAGAAAUGAUGGAUCUGGAAAGCGUGUUAGAACACCUAAAAUUUUACCACCCACAAUUAGUUUCCGGUGGAUGGCAUCAUACUUUAAUCUUUUUUGGAUUUUAUUUUUGUUGACAUUAACUUAUGUAUUUAACAACAUUGGCUUUUGGAUAGGUGUAUUAUUUGUUAUACGUAUUGUAUAUUUAAGUCUUAAGUAUUUAAUUGGGUAUGCACCACCAUUCAAGUGGGAUAAUAUUCACGAAGACUAGUUAUUUUGUUAAUAUUUUUUGAAUUCAUAUUGCUAAAUGUCAUUUUUAAGUUAUAUAACUAAAUUUGUACUGAAUUUAAACUUAUUAAUAUGAUUAUUGUUUUUAUACAUUUGUAAUGUUUUAUAAUGUUAAAUUAAGUUAAAUGUAAGCAUCUUUCUUAAUUAACAACUUUAUCUUACA